CGGCGGGCACGCGCCGUGCGCGUGUGCGGGGAGGUGGGGCCGCGCGCGCGCCGCCGCCCGUUGGCCCUGCCGCGGAGGCGCCGGAGCGCUGCGGGCGCGGCUCAAGGAACCCAGUGUGAAAUUGCUGCAAAAGCAGGGAUGAUUAUAGAAAGAGUAGUGCUGAAUUCACGCCCUGGUAAGAAUGGAGUGCCAGUGGCCGAAAACUUCCGACUGGAACAAAGUACAAUACCGGACACAGUGCAAGAGGGCCAAGUACGUGUUAGAACCCUGUAUCUCUCUGUGGAUCCGUACAUGCGCUGCCGAAUGAAUGAAGGUACAGGCUCAGAUUACCUCCUGCCCUGGCAGCUGUCUGAAGUUGCUGAUGGUGGGGGCAUUGGGGUUGUGGAGGAGAGCAAGCAUAAUAACUUUGCGAAGGGAGACUUUGUAACUUCCUUCAAUUGGCCCUGGCAGACAGUGGCCAUUCUGGAUGGAAGCUUGCUACAAAAGCUUGUUCCACAGCUUGUGAAUGGAUGUCUUUCCUACUUUCUUGGUGCAGCCGGAAUUACAGGACUGACGGCCUUGCUAGGUAUAAGAGAGAAAGGACACGUGACUGUAGGUGCAAAUCAGACGAUGGUGGUGAGUGGAGCAGCUGGUGCCUGUGGUUCUUUGGCAGGCCAGAUUGGCCGUCUGGAGGGCUGCUCUAGAGUAGUGGGUAUUGCUGGCACAGAUGAAAAGUGCUCCAUUUUGGUCUCAGAAAUGGGGUUCAAUGCUGCUAUCAAUUACAAGAAAGAGAACGUGGCAGAGCAGCUACGCAAACUCUGCCCAGGUGGUGUGGAUGUUUACUUUGACAAUGUUGGUGGAGACAUCAGUGAUACAGUUAUAAGUCAGAUGAAUCAGAACAGCCAUAUCAUCCUGUGCGGACAGAUUUCUCAGUAUAACAAAGAUGUGCCUUAUCCUCCCCCACUGCCUCCUGACAUAGAAAAAAUACAGAAAGAAAGGAACAUCACAAGAGAACGUUUCUUGGUGUUGAACUACAUGGACAAACAAGAAGCUAGCGUGCUACAGCUCUGUCAGUGGAUCCAAGAGGGUAAACUGAAGGUCAGAGAGACUGUGAUAAAAGGCUUAGCAAAUAUUGGUGCUGCUUUCCAGUCCAUGAUGAAUGGAGGCAAUAUUGGAAAACAGAUCGUCUUAGUUUCUAAGUAAAAGUCAUUGCUUUGGGAAAAAGAAUUUGAUUUUAUCUCUAGUAGUGAGGUAGUUUUACUUAUAGUAAUUUCUACUUUAUUAAAAGAAAUAUUAAGUUGUUCUGUACGUACUGAAAGCAGAGAUUCUGGGAUGCUAAGGCAGAACCCAUGGUAAUAAACUGAAUAGAGCAGGAAACAGGAAUGCAAUCAUUUAUACUAGAAGCUAGUAAUAUAUUUGACAUGAUUUGACAAUUGCAAAUAAUUCCUGGGCAUAGUUUUGAAUUUAGAUCAUCUCAGGACUAUUUCCAGUAAACAUUUUGAAUGCAGCCACUUGGUUUUGGACAUUAGAAGAAUUUACUAGUGUAGAUAUGUGCCAUUCCUAUGCUAGUUUGUCUCAGUGCCCAGGAACUUCUCUAGGAAUUUUUAAUUUACUAGUAUAAACUUAGUCUGACAGUCCAGUUAAUCUGGCUAAUCAUCUUAGAAUUUAAGUGUUCUCUUUUUUCAGGUAAUUGCAAUAAAACAUUCAGUUUCUAGAAUUCAAGCUCUAUAAUGUCAAAGGUACUUCCAUUUUGCCCUCUGGAACAAAUAUCCACUGAUUACCUUUCCCAUUUCUCUGUAUUGUAUCAUUAUAUACCCUAUUUUCAGAGUACUUGAAACCUAGUUCAUUUACAAUUCCAUCUGCACACCACCUGAGACUUUCAUUGGAGGCAGGUUCAGCUCUAGGGCUAGCUUAUUUCGGUGUAACAAUGCUCUUUUACCAUCUCAAUGGGGAAACUUGAAAAAAUGAGUCACCAUUUCCAAGUUUGAUUAACUUAACCUCAAGCCAGAUGAGAGUGAUUCAACUAAGUAUGUCUUCAAGAUGAAGGAGCAGAAAAGGGAACAGAUAAUUAUCUCAAGGACAUGAGAAUAUGUACAUUUAGAAACAUUGACCCAUUUAUUUAGUGAAUAGGAUCAUGACACAUUUUGACUUACAGGUUUUGUUUUUAAUGUUUGCCUUUAUGAGAAGUGCCUCCAAACAGCAGGGUCAGCUGAGUUGUCUAGAGGAUGGAUCCUCUAGAUCUGCUUGAGUCACUGCCUAGGUUCAAACUAAAUGGAAUCCAAGAAAUAGGAGAGAAAUGUUAUCCAAGAAGUUUGGCAUUAGAAAUCCUUUUGCAUACUGUGGAAAGUAAGACAACAGAUAUCAACAGUGCCUAAUAUAACUGCAAGCAACAUGAAAAACACAUUUCCCAGUGUCGAAGCUGACCCUGAAGGAAGAAAGCAUUCUGUAGUGACUGAUGCUAUAAACUCUGAAGAAGAGACAGACAUCUGCAAUACAGCGUUAGAUGGUCUAAAACAUUCAAGCACAUGUUUUUCAACUACGUUACUAGUGAGUGGUUCACUUUCAGCUAGAGUCUGAACCCAGCGUCAACGUAACUAACUCAAGCAGCAUUAACAACAGUGUCACACUGGGACAGAAACCAAUUUUUUUUGUGGAAUAAAAUCAGUAUAAUCAUUGUUGGCAAAUGAAGACAGACAGCAACAGGUGAAUGAAAUUCAAUGAAUUCCUGCUUUUUGACUAUUUAUAGAUGGUAGUCACUCUUGAAAUGUGGGCAAUGCAAACUUAUAAAACCUUAUAAUUUGUGCAUAUAUUAAACGAGAGACAGGAGAAAAUACAAUGAUUCUGAGCACUCUCUCCAGGCUUGGAUUCCUGUCACAUCAGCUGGAUUUAACUGGAAGAGAGCUAAUGGGAAUACAGCCUUUUCAAACAGAACCAGCUGCUCUAACGUGUAUGUUGGUAUGCCACGUCAUCUUGUUUUAUUGUCACCUUUUCUUCCUUCUCACAUGUACAUACCUUAGAUUGAAACAGCAUCACCCUGUAGGCUGUUAUGCAAUGCACACCCUAUUCUGCAGUAAAACGUCUGCCAGGCAGCAGCUUGGCCUUCAUGCACUUUAACACACUUAUUCUGACUGAAUAAACUUCCUACUCCUAAAUC